AUGUUGAAAAGUUCACUCCUGUAUGGUCUCUCUCUCCUUGCCAUUGCACCUCAAGUGUGUAAUGGAAGGGCGGUUGAGGGCGAAAAGCGUGCCGCCGCGGCACUGACUUGGAAGGCGUUGGGGGGUUCAAUCGUAGGCCACCCUGGUAUUAUCUCAUGGGCCCCUGACCGGACAGACAUCUUCGUCAGAGGAAGCGACAAUGCUGUAUAUCACAAAUGGCAACUUGGCAACCCAGGCACGGCAUGGGGCCCCAGUGAUACGGGCUUCCAGAACCUCGGAGGCUCCAUUAUCAGUGAUGUCACAGUAGUGUCUCGUGGCUAUGAUCGGCUGGAUGCCUUUGUGGUUGGUGCCGACAAUGCGUGCUAUCACGGGUGGUGGAAUGGUAGCUAUUGGUCGACAUGGGGAACUCUAGGCGGCGCCUUUAGCGGUGAUAUCAGUGCCGUAGCCUGGGGAAAUGGCAGAUUAGACCUGUUCGGUCGCGGUAACGACAACGCAGUCUGGCACAGGGCUUGGGAUGGAGCCGCAUGGGGUGCAUGGGAGAGCCUCGGUGGUGCCGUUAUAGGAAGUCCAAAGGUAGUUUCCUGGGGCGCCAACCGACUUGAUGUUUUUGCAAGAGGCACAAAUAACGAGGUGUAUCAAAUUGCCUGGAACGGCUCUUCAUGGUCAGGCUGGUAUAACCAUGGUGGGACAGUGCUGGAUGAUAUCACGCCCGUGUCUACCGCCCCAAACAGACUAGAUCUCUUUGUUCGUGGAGGAAACAAUGCUCUGUAUCAAAAGAACUGGAACGGAGCAGCUUGGAGUGGUUGGAUCAGUCUGGGUGGAGUUAUCAUGUCCAGGCCGUCGGCAACAACCUGGGGAGGCAAGUAUAUCACGGUUGCAGCACAAGGUGCGAAUAAUGCUGUGUACCUGCUGGAGUUUAACGGAAACUCUUGGGGCGACUGGCGAUCUAUCGGUGGCGUCGUGACUGAAGCACCAGUGAUCAAUCCCCUUGGUUCUGUCAACGCGGCCAUCUUUGCGAGAGGAAAUAACGCCGGCUUAUUUGUAUACGAGUAA